AUGGAUAUCGAUCAAUGGAUCGAGAGUCUGAACCAAGCACAUCCGCCUAGUGAAUCUCCUGUGCUCAUCGCGCGACCCAAUGCGACGCAAAAGCAUCGACGUGGUUCAAGAAGAAGUUCUUUACUCGAACCAUUCCUUGUGAGAAAACAUCGUGUCAAUGAGCGACGGCCUGUGGCUUCCAUCGGCCUCUCGGAUUCUGGAACAAGUAACGCUGCAUCCACGUCCGCAUCUUCUUCUUCUUCUUCUUCUUCCGCGACGCCAUCCUCUUUGUCAUCCGACCGGAAGUAUCAAAGAAGACCACGACACCGUACCAAAGCAGAUAAAUACACCUCAAAGUCACGGUCGAAGCCACAGUCUCAGAAGAAGGAGAAGAGGAGAAAGCAGGAAAGGAAGUCGAAACACACAAAACGUCACAAACACAGAAGCGCGGCAGUCACAGGUGUAGUACAGAACUUUCACGCAAAGAAUGUUCUCAACCAUCGGCUCACGCUCGGUGCUUCCCCCAAAGUUGGUCUGUACACCAAAGGCCGCUCCUCAGGACCUACUAGAGGCAAGGGCCUGCCACAUCUUGUCUUCUCGGAAAUGAAGUUUCUCUUGAAGCCUGAACUUACAACAAAGGAUGAACCCGAUCCGGUCUCGAAGAGUUACAAGAAGAAGAACGAGAAGCAGCACAAGAAGAGACCUCGUGAAUUAUUUGAGGAGGAGAUAUCUAGAUACUUUGGUACGGAACCCCACAACGACAAGACUGACGACGAACCGACUCUCUCGCGAGUGGACGCCUCAAAAAUUCCGACGGCAUCUCCUCGUGCUCUACAUCUGCCAGAGAAGCCAUUUCUUGGAUUCGGAAGCAGGAACACACAUCCACCCACUACAAGCUAUUACAGUUGGUCAGAGUCAGAUAUAGCAAGCUCGCCGCGAGUAAGGCAUUUCGGCCCAGAUCACGAGCCAUUGACCGUGGGCCAACUGCAAGGCGAAAGAGUUGAGAAGCUGAAAGGCAAUCCGUCGAUGGGGGAAGCGGCCAUCGAACCUCUACUUGCAGAGGAGGUGACAAUCGAGCUGCAUGACAGCGGCCAUGAAUCAGUCCCUCAAUUAGUUGAGAAAACUGGCCAAGCUACUAGGCCGACAGCUGAUUUACAUUUCCACCACACUGCCAGCGUCGAAGCUACGCCUACCUUUGUACCGAACAAGCACAGUAAAACCGCCGCCACAGUUACAAGCCAUGAGCGCAAGGCGAUACCAAGAACUAAACUUCCAGAAGAUGAACAACCUCGUCAUUUCACAUCUCAACAAGCAGAAAUCGCUGACGAUCUGGCUAUCAAACAUCACACAGAUCCGUGGGAAGAACUGCUUAAAGCUUGUGAGGUCGCAGCUCGACCUUCGAUACCAAAUUGUCAUGAUGAGGUGUCACCUAGAUCCGCCCUGCCUGCUUUUCAUGAUUACACAGAUCUAGACCUAUGGAGGGAAGACGAUCACCACUCCUUUCAGCAUGGCGAUACAGACGAAACCCCUCGUAUCGACGAGCACAUUUACCGGGACCGUUCAGAUGCCGUUGAGUAUGGAAGAGAUGGCCUUUCAUUUGGGCUCGGGGAAGACAAUACUUCAGAGUCUCUGGAUACGAACAACGAUUACGAUUCGGCACUGGAGGAUGAAGAAAGUUGGGACGAAGAUGGUAUGAAGAUACAAGACGCGACUCUGAACUAUCGGCCUCAAGACUUUGGUGCUGUGGACGAGCUUGCUGCGUUCUGGCAACCGCAUAACUUGUAUUAUUGA